GCCGGGUCAAGAGGCUGCGGGGCGAUGCUGGCGUGGGGCGUCCUGGUGCUGGUGGCAGGAUGGGGAGCUGUGGAGGCGUGCCCGACUCCCUGCAGCUGCCUGGGGAACACAGUGGACUGCCACGGCCUGGGGAUCCACUCCAUACCCAGGAACAUCCCCAGAGGCACAGAGAGGCUGGAUCUGAACGGGAACAACCUGACAGUGAUCACCAAGUCGGACUUCGCUGGUCUCAAACACCUCCGAGUCCUUCAUCUGAUGGAGAACCAGAUCAGCACCGUGGAGAGAGGAGCUUUUGAUGAGCUGAAGGAGCUGGAGAGACUUCGCCUCAAUAAGAACCACCUCAGCCAGUUUCCAGAGCUGCUGUUCCAGAAGAACGAACUCCUCUCUCGACUGGAUUUGAGUGAAAAUGCCAUCCAGGCCGUCCCAAGGAGAGCCUUCAGAGGAGCCAUGGACCUCAAAAACCUUCAGCUGGAUAAAAACCACAUCAGCUGCAUCGAAGAGGGAGCGUUCAGAGCGCUGAGGUCUCUGGAAGUACUGACGCUGAACAACAACAACAUCAGUACCAUCCCCGUCUCCAGUUUCAACCACAUGCCGAAGCUCCGCACCUUCCGCCUGCACUCUAACUCCCUGCGCUGUGACUGUCACCUGGCCUGGUUGUCUCCCUGGCUGAGGCAGCGAGUGUCUCUGGGUCUCUACACUCAGUGCAGCUCCCCCCCCACGCUGAGGGGCCUGAACCUGGCCGAGCUAAGAAAGAGCGACUUCGCCUGCUCAGGGAACGGCGGCAGUGCGUUCGUGCAGCCGUGCAGCCUGGCGUCGGGCUCCUGUCCCCCCAUGUGUUCCUGCAGCAACAACAUCGUGGACUGUCGAGGGAGGGGCCUCACCGCCAUCCCCGCACACCUGCCGGAGGCCAUGACCGAGAUUCGUUUGGAGCAGAAUGGCAUCAAGUCGGUUCCUCCAGGCGCCUUUACCUCCUACAAGAAGCUUCGUCGCAUAGACCUGAGUAACAACCAGAUAUCUGAGAUUGCUCCUGAUGCUUUCCACGGCCUCCGAGCUCUCAACUCCCUGGUGCUGUACGGGAAUAAGAUCACGGAGCUGCCCAGCGGAGUGUUUGAUGGCCUUUCCUCUGUGGAGCUGCUGCUGCUGAACGCCAAUAAGAUCCACUGCAUCAGAGCGUCCGUGUUCAAAGACCUGGAGAACUUGGCCCUGCUGUCGCUGUACGACAACAAGAUCCAGAGUCUGGCUAAAGGCACCUUCAGCUCCCUGCACAGCAUCCAGACACUCCACCUGGCCCAGAACCCCUUCGUGUGUGACUGUAAUGUGAAGUGGCUGGCCGACUUCCUGCGCUCCAACCCCAUCGAGACCAGCGGAGCGCGCUGUGCCAGCCCCCGCCGCCUCGCCAACAAGCGCAUCGCUCAGAUCAAGAGCAGCAAGUUCCGCUGCUCCGCCAAGGAGCAGUACCACAUCCCAGGUACCGAGGACAGGCGUCUGAGCUACGAGUGUAACAGUAAGCCGGUGUGUCCCGCCAAGUGUCGCUGUGAGGCCAACGUGGUCGACUGCUCCAACCUGCGCCUCACCAAGUUCCCCGAACACCUGCCCUCCUCCACCGAAGAGCUGCGUCUAAACAACAACGACCUCUCGGUGCUGGAGGCCACCCGAGCCUUCAAGGGUCUGUCGCAGCUCAAGAAAAUUAACCUGAGCAACAACAAGAUCUCAGAGAUCGAGGACGGAGCGUUUGACGGAGCCUCGUCGGUGGUGGAGCUUCACCUGACGGCCAAUCACCUGGAGUCAGUGAGAGGGAGCAUGUUCCGAGGCAUGGAGGGGCUACGCAUGCUGAUGCUGAGGAACAACAAGAUCAGCUGUAUCCACAAUGGCAGCUUCACGGGUCUGAGCAAUGUCCGGCUGCUCUCGCUCUACGACAACCAGCUGAGCACCAUCCUGCCCGGAGCCUUCGACACACUGCCCAACCUGUCCACACUGAAUCUUCUGGCGAACCCCUUCAACUGCGACUGCCGUCUGUCCUGGUUCGGAGCGUGGCUUCGGAGCCGGCGCAUCGUGACGGGGAAUCCUCGUUGCCAGAGCCCCGCGUUCCUGCGAGAAAUCCCCCUGCAGGAUGUCGCUGUCCCUGACUUCCGCUGCGAGGACGUUCUGGAGGACAUCAGCUGCUCUCCCGGCCCUCAGUGUCCCAGUCAGUGCACCUGUAUGGACACGGUGGUCCGCUGCAGCAACAAACACCUGCAGGCUCUGCCCAGAGGACUCCCCCGCAACGUCACCGAGCUGUAUCUGGAUGGUAACCAGUUCACCAGUGUUCCCAAGGAGUUAGCCACCUUCAAAUACCUGCAGCUUGUAGAUCUGAGCAACAAUAAAAUCAGCUCACUGUCAGACGACUCCUUCUCCAACAUGAGCCAGCUCACCACUCUGAUCCUCAGUUACAACUCUCUGCACUGCAUCCCCCCUCUGGCUCUUGGCGGCCUGCGCUCUCUGAGACUACUCUCUCUCCAUGGCAACGACAUCUCGGAGCUGCAGCAGGGCAUCUUCAGCGACGUGGCCUCCCUGUCUCACCUAGCAAUUGGAGCAAACCCUCUGUACUGUGACUGUCGUCUGCUCUGGCUCUCGGACUGGGUGAAGAGUGGCUACAAGGAGCCCGGCAUCGCCCGGUGUGCCGGGCCCCGCGGGAUGGAGGGCAAGCUGCUGCUCACCACGCCCGCCGACAAGUUCCAGUGUCUGGGUCCGGUAGAGGCAUCCGUUCAGGCCAAAUGCAGCCCUUGUGUUUCCUCUCCCUGCCAGAACCAGGGUGUGUGUCAGCUCCACGACACUGAGCUGUACACCUGCACCUGCAAGUCCGGCUUCACGGGUAAACACUGUGAGACUCCGGUAGAUGCUUGUGUCAGUAACCCCUGCACCAACGGGGGAAUCUGCAUCAGUGACGAACAGACCCGAGGCUUCAGCUGUGCGUGUGCGUUUGGUUUCCAUGGCACGUUCUGCGAGGUGAACGUGGACGACUGCGAGGACCACGGCUGUGAGAACGACGCCACCUGUGUGGACGGAGUCGGCAACUACACCUGCGUGUGUCCGCCGAACUACACCGGUUUGUUUUGUGAGGAACUGGAGGAUGUGUGUUCUCCAGGUAGAAAUCCCUGUCAGCAUCAGUCCACCUGCAUCAGCACUGUUACCGGCACCAGGUGUGUGUGUAUUCCAGGCUGGGUGGGGCCAGACUGCAGUAUAGAUUAUAAUGAGUGUGUGGACCAUCGCUGUCAGAACGGGGCUCAGUGUGUCGACCAUCUGGACGGAUACAGCUGCGUCUGCCCGCUGGGAUACAGUGGAGAGUUUUGUGAAGCGUCUCUUCCACCCCCGUCGCUCUGCCAGCUGUCUGUGUGUCAGAACGGCGCCCCCUGUGUGGAGGAGGCGGGCGCCGCGGUGUGCGAGUGUCUGCCGGGCUUCGAGGGCGAGCGCUGCCAGAAGCUGGUCAGCGUCAACUUCGUGGACCGGGACUCGUACGUUCAGCUGCAGGACGUCAAGAACUGGCCUCGAGCCAACAUCACGCUGCAGGUCUCAACAGCAGAGGAUAACGGCAUCUUGCUCUACAACGGAGACAACGAGCCAAUCGCUGUGGAGCUGCAUGAGGGUCACGUCAGAGUCACAUAUGACCCGGGGAACCAGCCUGCCACCACUAUCUACAGCACUGAGACGGUGAACGACGGUCUCUUUCACACAGUGGAGCUGGUGACCUUUAACCGAAUGCUGAACCUGUCUGUGGACGGAGGAGAGCCGACGACCCUCGACAGCCAAGGCCGGAGCCAGCGGGGGGCCGGGGAAGCCCCUCUGUACGUCGGAGGGAUGCCUGAGGCGGUGAUGGACUCCUCUCAGGGUCUCUCCUCUCAGACCCUGAACACCUCCAGCUUCCACGGCUGCAUCCGGAACCUGUACAUCAACCACGAGCUGCAGGACUUCACCCGCAGCACCAUGAAGCCGGGGGUGGAGCCGGGCUGCCAGCCCUGCCGCAAGCUCUACUGCCUGCACGGCGUCUGCCAGCCCGACGCCGCACAGGGUCCCCAGUGUCACUGUCAGACAGGCUGGACGGGUCAACUCUGCGAUCAGCCAAUCACAGCGGACCUUACUGCAGCGGAGACGGUCACCAUGGCAAUCGAUGUCAACCCGUGUGAAGGCAGCAAGUGUGUGAAGGGUGUGUGUGUGGCGGUGGACGCUCAGAAGUACCGCUGCGAGUGUGUGCAGGGCUUCACCGGAGAGAGCUGCGACAUAGAGACCCCGUGCAGAGGGGAGCCAGUGAGGGACUUCCACCGCCUGCAGCAGGGGCCCGUCCUCUGCCAGACAUCGAAGCCCUUCUCCUGGGUGGAGUGCCGGGGCCGCUGCCAGGCCGGCACGGAGCCGGGGGCCGCCGCCGCCACCGCCUCCAACUCCUGCUGUGCCCCGCUGAGGGUCCGGCGCCGCAGGCUGAGCUUCGAGUGCGACGACGGCACCUCGUUUAUGCAGGACGUGGAGAAGCCCGUGGAGUGUGGCUGCAAGGAGUGUGUGUAAUGGAUGUAAACAACCCACACACACACACACACACACACAAGCUAAAGAGGUACACACACUGUAGGGAUUCUAUCACGGACAUGUCGGUUUUUGUUUCGUGUGUUUUUAUCGCGCAGUUUUGUAACACAAGACAGUUCUUCCCUCCUCUCGAGCUCAAAGAGGCCACCUCAUCUUUCUCCAGGAGAACCGGCGCUAACUACCUAACUCCUGCUCAUCCUAAUACGUGUGUGUGUGUGUGUGUGUGUGUGUGUGUGUGUAAGCCUCCGUAUGCCUUCUUGUUUGUGUUUCCGUAGUGUGGAAGGUACUCAUUUACGCCAGAGAUUAAAAUAAACGGUUUCUGAGUCAGAACUGUUCAAAAUAAUUAGUCAGAAAUGAAAAUACAUCCCCUGUCAGACGUCAUGUGCAGCACUGAGCUCUGACGGCUUCAUGAAGGUGAAAUCAGACAUUAUAAAGUGUUGUUUGCUGCAGACAUGACUCUUCAUAUUCCUACUUUCUACUGAGGGUUCAGUUUUGAAAUGAGGGUGAACUCCAAAAGAUAUGAUGUAUUUCUGACAUCUAGUUUCAGUAUUUAUCCUGAAAGCAGCAGGAAGCGAUAGAUGAAAGUACCAUAAAGUAAAGUAUGAAUAUAGGCGGUUCAUUUCCGUCAAGUUAAUCAGGAGAGUUUACAUUUAAUUACAGAGAAUAAAAAGUACCAAAAAGAUGAAUUUGAUAAAACAUGUUGUAAAUCAAAUUCAGGCAAUCAUUUGAUAAAGGUCCAUUAAAUCCUACACAAUUAUCCCAUCACAAAUAUAGUUACUUUUAAUAAACGCAGGUCAUUGAGUUCCAAAUAAUGACCCUGAUGUGAAUGAAAGGGUCGCCAACACAAGCAGCAUGGUGGUCAGAGGUCACAGUGUUUAGCGGGGGACAACAGAGGGUCAUUCCCAUCGCUGCUCACCAGACAAGGAGGUGGAGGGGGCUUGGAGUGUGUGUGGGAGUGUAAGUGUGUGUCUAUUCUUCUAUCUGUGUGAGGACCAGAGUAACCAAACAUUUAAACCAAGGAUAUUUUGGUCAGUUUCUGGCUCCUUGAAAGGUAUAUUUUGAGGUUUAAACUACAUUUGUAUUGUUUGUAAAUUAGAAUUAAAGCAUAUCUGCAUAUCAAAAUCUCAAUUCUGCUAUGAUACCAACAAAAUAAUGGGUUUAAAGGCUGUACAUUUGCUAGAGGUUGGCUUUAAAUGACCAGUCAGAGUCCUUUAUUUGACCUUUAAUGACUCAUUUUAACCCUUGUUUUCAUUUUGAUAUUUCUCAAUGAAAUUUCUACAAGUUGGUUUCAAUCUAGAGACGCAGUUACCGUAUUCAAACGGUAAAUAUUUUAUCAAUCAAUCCAACCAUCAAACAUUUUAUUCACAAACAAAAACAGCAACACCUUUACUGUAAGUCCAUAGACAGAGGCAUACUUAACGUUUUGGUUCAUAUUAUAUAUAUUAUACCAACAGGAGUCAGUGAACACAGGACGUCUUCAUUUGGCUCUUAAACGUAUCACAUUUAGGGUCAACGCGUGGUCCUCACAAGUAUAGAAGGACAUUUGUGUGUGUGUGUGUGUGAGACGCUGUCCCUGAUAACGAGUUUCAUUAUACGACGAUGCGGCGUUUGUCCCGAUCGAACGCUUCUUUUCCGAUUUGUCCGAAGAGCCGGUGAACGCAUCGCGGGAGAAAGUAGCUUUUAUAUUUGAUGACAUGUUAUUUAUAUGGAUGUGAAACUAAAAAACAGAAGUGCGUAAUAUUUACAUUUUAACAUGUUUUUAUUUGUUGUUGUUUGUAGAGUUUUGUGUCAUAAAUAAACUAACGUAGCUUUUAUUGUCAUUAUGAUUAAAACUGCAAUACAUCGUCACACAGUAACGGCCUAACAGAUUGUAAUAUAUAUUAUAUGCUUAUUUGAUUUUGUCAUAGUAUUUUUAUAUGUUGGAGAGGAUGUUUCAUCUGUAGACGUUUUGUUUUCAGUCGCCCAAAAACUUGAUGGGAAUUUCACACGGAAACCAGCGAGCGUUUGGGUUCAUGUUCAGUGUUUCUCUUUCCUAUUUAUUUAAAUAAAGAGCUGUUUCUCCUC